UAGUGUUAUCUUGACCGUGGCUCGACACAGUUCACAUUCGCAAACUAUAAAACAUAUAACAUAUAUAUGUUCCUUCGAUGUAUGUGUUUUUGUGUUGCCUUUGAGAGUUUUGCGACAAAAGGAAAGCCGUUUUUUAUUUCAAGGAUAUGGCAAACUGUUAGGUCAUCAGCGGGUGUGAGGGUUGAGGACUCUGAAAAGCUGAUCAUCCAUCACCAUGACCAAGAAGUUCGAGUUCAAUUGGCAGAUACCAGUUCCAGAACCGCUAUUACAGGGUGCAACUUUCGAUCGCUGGACGGAAGAGAAGGAUAACACGGAGCUGGAACAAAAUUGUCUGUUCAAGGUCGACGAAUACGGAUUCUUUAUUUAUUGGAAGAGCGAGGGAAAGGAUGGCGACGUCAUUGAAUUGUGUCAAGUUAGUGACGUCAGAUCCGGGGGUGUGCCAAAGGAUGUGAAAUUAAACAACAAUUUAGAAAAGAAGCACGGAAAUAACUUAGAAGAGAAAUCACUGACAAUAUGCAGCGGGACAGACUAUAUAAACAUAAACUAUCAGCAUAUAGUAUGCCCCGACGCCAACACUGCCACGGUUUGGUUGCAAGGAUUAAGAAAGAUAACACACAAUGUAAAAGCAAACAACGUCUGUCCGAUGACGUGUCUCAAGAAACAUUGGAUGCGUUUGUCGUUCCUAACUGAUCCAAAGGGCAAGGUUCCCGUUAAGGUGGUGGCGCGUACAUUCGCGUCUGGUAAAACUGAAAAGUUGGUCUACCAAUGCCUGUCCGAAUUGGGCUUGCCGUCGGGCAAAAACGAGGCAAUGGAAAAGGAAGCUUUCACUUUCGAUAAAUUUUACGCUCUAUAUCACAAGAUCUGUCCGAGGAAUGACAUAGAAGAACUGUUUAGAUCUAUUACUCAAGGUAAAUCGGAACGAAUCAAUUUGGAGCAGUUCGUGAAUUUCUUGAACGAGAAGCAACGCGACCCUCGUCUCAACGAAAUCCUGUACCCGCUGUAUGAUGAUAAGAGAGCCCUGGAAAUCAUCACCGAUUAUGAACAGAAUGAUGAAGCCAAGAGUGAUAAAUGUCUCACCAAAGAUGGUCUCAUCCGCUACCUCAUGUCCGAUGAAAACGCUCCAGUGUUUCUGGAUCGUUUAGACUUCUAUAUGGAGAUGGAUCAGCCUUUGUCUCAUUACUAUAUCAACUCCUCACACAACACUUAUUUAUCUGGAAGACAGUUCGGAGGGAAAAGCUCCGUUGAGAUGUAUAGACAGGUCCUUCUAGCGGGAUGCAGAUGCGUGGAAUUGGAUUGUUGGGACGGUAAAGGGGAAGACGAGGAACCCAUUAUAACUCACGGCAUGGCUAUGUGUACGGAUAUUUUGUUCAAAGACGUUAUUUACGCGCUCCGCGACACGGCCUUCGUGACGUCAGACUAUCCGAUCAUACUCUCCUUCGAAAACCACUGCUGCAAGGCCCAGCAGUACAAACUGGCGAAGUACUGCGACGAGAUCCUCGGCGACCUCCUGCUCAAAGAACCUCUACCUGACUAUCCGUUAGAGCCCGGCCAGCCUCUGCCUCCGCCGUCGAUGUUAAAACGCAAGAUCAUGAUAAAGAACAAACGUCUGAAAGCUGAAGUUGAGAAACAAGAACUGGAACUGUUCAGACAGGGACAGUUCGUUAUUGAGGAUGAGGUGAAGGAAGACGCCUCCGCGCCCAUGCCCGAGAAAAAGCCUGAAGAGAUAGUAGCGGAGGCUGCGGCGGCCGGGGACGACGCCCCUCCCCCGGUACAGUACACGGGCUCUACGACCAACGUACAUCCCUGGCUGUCCUCGAUGGUGAACUACGCCCAACCCAUCAAGUUCAUCAGCUUCGAGGAAGCCGAGAAACGCAACAUCCAUCACAACAUGUCCUCAUUCGCGGAGACCACAGGCAUGAACUACCUCAAGUCCCAGGCCAUAGACUUCGUGAACUACAACAAACGACAGAUGUCCAGGAUAUAUCCCAAGGGAACUAGGGCUGAUUCCUCCAACUACAUGCCUCAGGUGUUCUGGAACGCGGGCUGCCAGAUGGUGUCCCUGAACUUCCAGACGUCCGACCUGCCGAUGCAGCUCAACCAGGGCAAGUUCGAGUACAACGGAAACUGUGGAUAUCUCCUCAAACCUGACUUCAUGAGACGCGCCGACAGGAGUUUCGAUCCCUUCGCCGAUGCGCCAGUAGAUGGUGUCAUUGCUGCACAGUGUGCUGUACAGGUAAUAGCCGGACAGUUCUUGUCAGAUAAGAAGGUCGGUACUUACGUGGAAGUGGACAUGUACGGCCUCCCGACAGACACUAUACGUAAAGAGUUCCGCACACGCAUGGUCCCCGCCAACGGACUCAACCCGGUCUAUAACGAGGAACCCUUCCUCUUCAGAAAGGUGGUACUUCCAGAUCUUGCAGUACUACGUUUUGGCGUGUACGAUGAGAACGGCAAACUGCUGGGUCAGAGGAUCCUCCCGUUGGACGGCCUCCAGGCGGGCUACAGACACAUCUCGCUGAGGACCGAAGCCAACUUCCCUAUGUCACUGCCCAUGCUGUUCUGUAACAUAGAACUUAAAAUCUACGUUCCUGACGGGUUCGAGGAUUUUAUGGCGGCGCUGUCCGACCCUCGGGCGUUCAUGGGGGCGGCGGCGCAGAGGACGGACAACAUGAAGCAGAUGGGCAUCGAGGAGAGUGGACCGGAGAAGAAACCCGCGCAGGAGGAAAAGAAAGAAGAACCUCUGGUGUUCGAGCCGAUCACAGUGGAAACCCUCCGCCAGGAGAAGGGCUUCAUCAAAACCGGCCGCAAACAACAGAAAGACCUGGAGGCGAUGAAGAAGAGACACUCCAAAGAAAAAAUGGCGCUACAGAAACAACAGUGUGCCGCGUUAGAGAAACUCAUCAAGGGCAAAAAUCGUGAACAGCUGAGCAGCGACGCAACGUUCCGCACAGCCGUGGGUGAACAGGCCGGGGUUUGGGGCGAGCUGGUGAGGAGGCAGCGGGCCGAGAGGAGCGCCGCAGCCACCGUCCGCCUCCAGGAACAGAGGGAGCUGCUCAAGAGGAUCGCGGAACAGGCGCAGCAGGCACAGAUCAAACAGCUUGAAGCCAAGCACGAGAGAGAACUGAAAGAAAUGAACACUCGCCAGGCGAAGAUCAGUGUGGAGACCAGCAAGGAAGUAGCCAACGACAAGACGCUGAAGACCAAACAGGAGAAAGACAGGAGACUGCGAGAGAAGAAACAGAACAACACUAAGAAGUUCAUGGACGAACGGAAGACGCAAACAAUAAAACAAAACCGCGAAAAAGACAAGCUGAAGGCGUCCCACGACAAGCAAAUGGAGGAACUCAACAAGGAUAUUGAUAACCUGAUAGAAAUGUACAAAAUGGAGGCGACCGAGUUCGAGAUGGCGAGUAAAACCGAAUUCUUUGCAUGAAAGUAUCCUGACAUCGCACCACUGUUAGAGGAAUUGACUUCAAGUGAGUGCUAAGUGAUCUCAUUAGUGUUGUAGUAUUAUUAUAAUAUUUAUUAUCGUCUUACAUAGUUUUAAAUGCAUAUUUUAUUUGACAUUAAAAUUAACUAGUGUUGCCACACGUUGCAUUCUAAUUGCAACACCUAUACUGGCAACUAUGUACGGAUGUAUUAAAAUAUUAGUUUAUAAAAUGUUUGUAUUCUUCUUAUUUAAUCAAAAUGGUAAUAUGUUGAGAGUAAUUAAGCUAGAUUUUAUUUUUUUCUUAAUCAUUCUUUGAUCGGUUAUAUUUUACUUGCGAAUUUUAAAUUUGUGCAUGUAUUGGACAAAAAAAUAUGUUUCAAUGUUAUAGAUAUAUUAUCAAUAAUUUUAUUCGGUGGUAGAAUAAAAUUAUUAUACAAAAGUUAUUAUUAUUCAUUUAGCGAAUAAAACGGCAGAAUUAAUAAAGGAUGCAAACAUGAAAACUUUAGAACUAUUGUUAUUACGUUAAGUAGAAGUAAGAAAUAUGAUUGUUAUACCUAUAAUUAUAAAGCCAUUUUCAAUUAUACGCCAAUUUAAAAUUAUAAUUAAUUUAAUGCUAUAUACUUUUAAAUAUUAAAAUCUUGUAUUUAUAAUGUUUUAAAUUUUAAUAAAUUUUUGAACGAAAUAAAAAAUAUAAAUUUUAAUUUAUUAAGUGUUCGUAUUCGGCCUUCAAAAUUAUUACUAUAUUAAUAAUACAUUAUCGACGGGUUAUUCAGAUAAACAAGUUCUAUUACAUUAUUUUAUAUAAGUUUGCAUAUUCGUAUUUUAAAAUAUAUUGUUAUGCACUGUUUUUUCAAGUUUUCAAUGUAAAAUUUCCAACUUAUCGAUGUAGGGGGCGGUAGAUUUUUCGACAUAGAUUUUAGGUGCAUAGUGUUGCCAUGUAUUAUAUUCUAAACAGAAAAAAAUCAAAAAAAUAUUUAUAUUCGUGUAACGAAAGUACUGUUUUUCAUCAAAUUUAUGUAUUAAGUGAUAACCAUGUCGUAAGUAACAUAAUGAAAUGUAAAAUUAGUUAUAAUAAAACGAAUACUUAUAAAAUUAUGACUGAAAAUGAAUCUUAUACAUUAUUGUAACAAUGUAACUUAGUAACGUUUUUUUAUAUAUCUGUUGUUAUACAAUAAACAAUAAUAUGUACCGUCAGCAAAAAAACAAAAUCCAAUAAUAUAGUUUGUUUUGCUGACUUUACUCUAGUUAUUUUUGAUAGUGGACCAAUGACAAUCUGUUAAUCAAAUGCCAAAGAUCAUCACUUAAUUUAAUUCACUGAAAAGUUUAUAAAGAAAAAUAAUCAUUAUGAAUAAUUUAAAUUAUUUUUCAUAUUUAGUGCAUAAUAGAAUAAGUACGUUUAGAAAAUACAGUCUAGUCAAUUUUAUUAAUAGUUUUAAAUAUUUUCUCAUAGUUCGCAAACGGAUUUAUUUCUCUAGUGACUAAAACAUUAUUUAUCUAUAUUUUUCAUGUCAUUUCAUUUGAAUUUGAAUUUUUUCAACAUUUUACGUAACUGUAUUUAUCUAAAUUAUUUGUUGAAUUUGAUUCAAGUUAGGGUAAUGAUAGUGAGAAUAUUUUUAAGCGUUUAUUAAAAUUAAUAUGAAAUAAAAGUUUAAUAUGCAAAAUGUUUGCACGUUUAAAUUGUAUUUUAACACUCACAUUACUUGUGAUUAUGGUCUAACUCCUAGCACCAGAAUAAGGAAUUGAUUCUCCGCUUCGGCUAAACCUGAAGCGUACACUAGGCAAAAGAUUGAAACGUAAAGCAUAUAUUCUAAAUUUAUUGUAUUAAAUCAUGUUAAUUAUAUUGUACUUAAUAGGUAGCAUGUAUUGAAACACAUUGUCACUGAAGAUGUUUAUUUAAAUUAAAUUACAUUUUAAACAAA